UGUUCAUAAUUGUUAAGUUUCAGUCCGACUUGAGCGUCAGUGGAAUUGAGACGUGUUUUAUGCAAUAAGAAAGUGAAAGUGGAAAUUUACAAAUAUAAGUAAUUGCUUGUAGUUAAAAAAAAGGUGAUUAAAGCCGAGCUUGACGUGCAAACAAAAAAUAAUAAUAAUAAGAAUAAAUAUAGAAAAUAAAAGUAAUUGGUUUAGCUUCUGCAACACAGAGUUGUUACAAGUGUUUUCGCCAUAAGAUUAAUAUUGUAGAAAAAACGAGAGGAGAACGACUGACCGGUUCAACGGGUCACUUAUAUCAUCACACAGCCAAGUAAGGGAGGCAAACAAACCAAAAUACUCCGUUGGUGAAGUCACAAUGUCGCGUUUAAGUUUACAAAUUCUAACAUUGUUCGUGUGCUGUCUGGCGGGCGUCGUCUUUGCCCAGCAACCCUGCCAAAUUAGACCGGAUGACAGCAAUGUGCCGCGCACCGUACGUUCCGAUCUGUAUCGCGGCCAACAGAACUUCACUUUGUCUAUGCUGCAAGCCAUCAAUAAGGCCACACCCAAUGAGAAUGUCUUCUUUUCACCGUACAGCACAUAUCAUGCACUACUUUUGGCCUAUUUCGGCUCACGCGGCCAAACCCAGGCCGAACUGACGAAGGCGCUAUCGCUGGAGUGGGCAGAGAAUAAGAAUCACGUGCAUAGGGGUUACACUUUGGAGCGUAGCAGUCGUUUGUCGCGUUCGAAGAACACGCUGCUGCAAUUUUCCGCAGCCGAUCGCAUAUUUUUCGAUAAAGAUGAGGCUCUAACACAAUGUGUGAAGGAUGCAUUCCACCAGGAGUUGGCUCCGCUCGAUUUCCAAACCAAGUCAGAAGAGUGCCGCGUUGAAAUCAAUAAUUGGAUUAGUAAUGUGACGAGGAAUGAAAUAACCGAUAUGUUGAAGAUGGGAGAGGUCGACGCACAAACCAAAUUAGUGCUGGCAAAUGCCGCCUAUUUCAAGGGACAGUGGUCGAACAAAUUCGAUCCUAAAGAUACCAAGAAAGACAUCUUCUAUACGUCAGAGAGUAAACAAUCAUUUGUCGAUAUGAUGCACAAGCGUGGCACCUACAAUUUAGCUUUGGACGAAAACUUGGGCGCCUACGUACUGGAAAUGCCCUAUGUCACUUCCAAUGACAAUGAGAAAGAAUCGGAUAUCUCAAUGGUCAUUAUUUUGCCACCGUUCCAUAAUUUGGAUGGCGUUUUAGCUAAAUUGACGCCGGACACAUUGGACGAUGCGCUGAAAGAGGGUAUGGCUCGCGAGGUCGAUGUGUCACUGCCGAAAUUCGCUUUCGAACAAAACUUAGAAUUGGUACCGGUACUGCGUGACAUUGGCAUUAAUUCGCUCUUCGCAGAGGAUUGUGAUCUUGGCGAAUUUUUCGCCAACAACUUGCGUUUCGGCGAUGCCAAGCAUGUGGCUAAGAUAAAUGUUGACGAGGAAGGUAGCACUGCCUCGGCGGCUACGGUGCUCUUCAGCUUCCGCUCGGCACGCCCGCUUGAGCCAACCAAAUUCGAGUGCAAUCAUCCAUUCCUCUUCCUCAUUUACGAUUACACUGCCAAGGCGAUAUUAUUUACCGGCAUCUAUCGCGAUCCGAUGACACAGAAGUGAAGAAGUGUGCACGAAUUUCGAAGUACGAAAUAAUACUAUUUUUUUUAACAAACUACAAUUAAAAUAAUGCAAAACAAAACAAAAUAUUUAAUAUCUUAAUAAUGCAUAUGUAUCUAAAAUAUGUUUUUCGUUUAAUUUAUAUGUUGCGAAAAAAGAAAAAUUUUUGUGUAAAUAAUAAUAAAAAAAAUUUUAAAAAUCAAAAAUGAAAAUAAAAAAUACAAAAAUAAAAAUAAAAUAAGCUUUUAUUCAUUUUCUUGUUUGCUUAAAAUUUCCGAUUUUAUUUCAUUCAGCUAUUUAUCGCACUUUUUUCAAAUAUUUAUUUAUUUAUUUUUGUUUUUUUUUUUUUACAUAAUACAUUUAUAAAUAACAGUUAGCGUUUUGGUUGGAUUUUUUAUAUUUUUUUUCGAUUUUGGUCUUCAAUAACGCACAAUAAUCUGUCUAUGCAUUGUCGUUUGGUAUUAGCGCUGCUUUACAAAUUAUUUAAUAUUUUAAUUAAACUAUUUUACUAAUUUUCGUUAAGCGCGGUGAACUUAAUGUAUAGUAUAAUGUGGGUCAACAAGAAAAAUGCCUCAAUACAUUUUUGAAAUAAUAGAUUUUUUUUUGCAAAUUAUAAGCUGUUGUGGAUUGAUUAAUAUGAG